AUGGCUCUUACCCAUGCAAUUAAUGAUAAGGCUUGGCUGCGUACUUUCUGUUAUACAAAGUAUAUUGUGGAAAUGAACGGGUUUAUCUUGGAUAGGCACCGUGCAAAGAUUAGAGACACACCAUUCAAAUGGUGUUUGCAUAUGGAUAAAGCUUUAGCUAUUUGCAACCCACUUAUGUUAGAGUUGGUUAAGCGAUUAGGCGUUAGUGGAAUAGAUGUACAAUUUGAUAAGAACGUGUGCGGUUGUGUGGGUUCACUUUUGAGUGGUGAAUUGAUAACAAUUGACAAUGUUAUUGAGAAGAUGAAGUUGUUGGUAAGGAGCGAGGUUGAUGAUGUGGAUAAUCUAUGGGCUGUUGAACGACUCGGUUUAUGUGGCCCACAAAGAGAUUUUGUUUUCCCAAGAAUUCUCAGCUGGCCGGAUGUAACCUUCAAGACAAGAAGGAUUGAGAUGCAUUUUGUAGAUACCCAAAUAAUUUGGGAUUGGAGUUUGAAAGAAGAGGAUUAUGGGAAUGAGUUAAUUCGUGCAGCUUUGACUUUUGGUGAGGAUAGUGACGCUCAUGAUGAAGAUGAAGAUGAGAGGUCUAUUUCUAAGAAAGCUUUGUUGAAAAGGUUGAAAAGGCAUGGAAAAAGCAUACGCAAGAUGAAGAAGAAAAUAUCUUUCCUCCAUGAUAAGAUAAUGUCCGCAAGUAAUGUUGCGGAGGAAGAUAAUGGUGAAGAUGUUGAUGCAGGAUGUGAUGUAGCUGAAGAUGGAGAAGGUGCUGAUGUGCAAAGUGAAGGUGUUCAAAAUGUUUAUUUAACAGGUGCUGUGUCUGUUAAUGAAGAAGAAAUGGCGAAAGGGAUAGACUUGAAUUGUGCAGCAGAUAUUGGUGUCACAAACGACUUGUCUGCGGGUGCAGUUGUCAUGCCAUGCGUUUCAUUCCAGCCUCCUUCUGCUGGCAUGAAAGUGGACUUAUUGAAGCUGUACAAUAGUGUGACUUGUUACGGUGUCCCAUAUAGGGUUGUCUGUAAUAUAAAUGGUCAGAUAUUGGGAACCUCUGAAUGUAAUGGUUUUGGUCCAGAGAUGAAAGUUGACAACAUGGCUGUCCUUUUUGCUGCAAGCACGAUGAUGUAUUGUGAACGACGUUUGUUUGGGCAUGUUAAGAGAAUUGCUUUCAAUCCUUUAUAUGCGAGCCAUGUCCUUCACGACUCCCGCAAGAUUAAGGUUAACAGACGACAGUGGACGUUGAAAGAUUAUCAGACCUACUAUCGUCCUGGUCUUUUUGUUUUACAAGAUAUAUUGACUGCAGAUUUUUUGUUUGCCCCAAUUGUUCAUGACCAUCAUUGGUGGUGCUAUGUUGUGAAGUGUGAUACAAAACAGUUUUUUGUGUUGGAUUCGCUUGGCCAUUGUAGGAAGGAGCGGAAAAAAAUAGACAAUGCUAUUGCACAUAAUUUGUCAUUGUUGUUUGGGAUGUUGAUGAAUUGUGGUGAUGAGUCAAUGCCAAAGUUUGAAGUGCAUCACGAAAUGACUCCAAUUCAACCAAACUUAUAUGAUUGUGGUGUCAUUGUUUUGAAGAUGAUGAAGAUUUGGGAUGGUUCAAAAAAAUUUGAUGGGAAUACCAUGCCUGCAUUUACAAAUGAACAACUUCAAAUGAUAAGGCAGGACUACAUCUGUCAAUGGGUUCUAUAUGUAGAUAACAUUGAAAGAGAAGGAGUUGUUCAGCACUUUGGAUUGAUGCUGACCACUUAG